AUAAAAAUAAUAUUCCAUCCUCGUUUGUUUUCGUUUCCCUCUCACUUUUCUCAUUGGAGGGAAAACAUCCAAAAAAAAAUUUCGGACAGAGAAGAAUAUAGCUUCUUCUUCCACCAGUGAACAAGUCUAGGGUUUUAGUCUCUUCCUUCAGCUUAUUUACUGGAUCUUUUAAAAAAGCUGUUCCUGGAUGCACCGUGUCAGGGUAGUCUCUAUGAACCUGUUUUUGCUGCUUUGAUUACUCCCACGGAAAUUAAUCAGCUUGUCAAACAUUCUUCUUGAAGUGGACAUGCAAACUAAGAAAAAAACCUCUAGGCGAAAUGCCAGUCAAGAGUGUGGCAGUCCUAAAGUUUUAAGAGCACCGAGGAAGGUCUCUGAAAAUGGUCGAGCUACUGAAAAGAAAGUCAAAGAUUUAAUAACAUCAUCUGCUAGAAAGAAUAAAUCUUUUAGCACUCUUGAGAAUAAAGCUAGAGAGCCUAUCCCUCCUACAGAUUUGAAUAAUGGAUAUGAGUUUAUGGACAGUGGGAAUUCCAAUGCUUGUUUGGAAAAUGAUGCAGUUGACGGCAUUUCAUUAGAUUCUAUGGGUUGUAACAAUCAAGCUGUUCAUCUGGAAUCUGGAACUAUAUUUUCUCCCGGGUUUCACUUGUCCAAAAAUUCUGGAGGAGUUGACAAAGUUGAUUUUAUCAAAAUUUUUCAGAAUGAAGACCAUGAGAGAGUUUCUCCGUGCCAAGAAAUAGAGUCACCACAGGAAGAUGCAGUAGAUGGUCAUCUUAGUCAAGACUCUGACACUGCAAUGGAGGUAGACAUAAACAAUUCAUCCAACUACUCAAAUUCAGGGAGAUGUGGCAAUCAGAUGCUUGCUUUAAGCACAACAAAUGUGAAUGGUUGCAAUUCUGAUUAUGAUGGAAAUGGUCUUUCCAUGGAAGUUUCUGCCAUAUAUCUUGCCGUGAAAAACUCAAAGCUGGAAUGUGUUGACGAGCACAGUCAGAAUCCCAUGUCUUCUGAAAUAUGCACAGAGGAGGAUGAAUUUGAGGAUUUUGAUGACUUUGACCCAUACUUAUUUAUAAAGACCUUGCCAGACUUGUCAACGGUGGUUCCAACAUUUAGACGAUUGUUGUUACCCAAGCAGACACGUAGUUGCCCUUCUACUACUCUUGUCCUGGACUUAGAUGAAACUUUGGUGCAUUCUACCCUGGAACAUUGUGAGGAUGUAGACUUCACUUUUCCUGUUAAUUUCAAUAGUGAGGAGCACAUUGUCUAUGUACGCUGCCGCCCUCACCUCAAAGAUUUCCUUGAGAGAGUUUCUGGUCUUUUUGAGAUUAUUAUAUUUACUGCUAGUCAAAGCAUUUAUGCCGAGCAACUUCUAAAUGUGCUUGAUCCAAAGCGGAAGAUAUUUCGCCACCGUGUAUACCGUGAGUCCUGUGUUUAUGUGGAGGGGAAUUACCUCAAAGAUUUAACAGUGCUUGGUCGUGAUUUGGCACAUGUUAUAAUAAUUGACAAUUCCCCACAGGCAUUUGGAUUCCAAGUGGAUAAUGGAAUACCAAUCGAGAGUUGGUUUGAUGAUCGUUCAGAUCAAGAAUUGUUUUUGUUACUUCCGUUCUUGGAGAGCUUGGUUGGUGUUGAUGAUGUCCGGCCACUAAUUGCAAAGAAAUUCAACCUGCGGGAGAAAAUUGCUGCAGCUGCGCUUCCUCUAAAUACAAAUAGAAGAGAUUUCUUAUCCGAAUGAAUUGUGGGUUAUACAAUAUCGAGGAAAGAAGAGUACUUUGUAUGUUAUAGCAUUCUUAGAUUAUGAUUAAACGUUAGAUUAUUUCUUUGUUGUGGAAAUUGUAAUGAUAUAUGUCUACACUGAACCAGCAAAAAAGGAAAGGGGAGAACGAGAGUGUAAGCAUGUGUUGAGUGUAGAAACCGUUUAUACAAGAUGACUUGUGCGGGCGGAUACUUGGUUGGUUAUUGUCCUGGUAAUAAAAGUUCCCCAAUUGUUUUUAUUUAACCUGUAUAUCUUUUAUUUGUGGGUUCACACUUCACAUAACCUAUGUAUCGAGCUAAUGGAGGUUGAUCCAUUGUCUCUUACGUCUA